UUUCUCUAAUCAUCUACCGUACCCUCCCUCGCGCAAUCGCCUCAUCUCUCUAGGGCCGGAGAAAUACACACACAACCUUGCCAAUCCUACGUGGUUACCACGUGUGAUCCGGGAAAAAAAAUCCUGUAGCGGGGAGGUACCGGCACCUCUUCGCCCAUCUUGGCCACUUUUGGUUCUUUUGGUGGAUCGAUUGUCCUCGCUCCGUCGGCCGGAUUUUUGGGGUUCGGCGUUUCGACCAUGACAGAUAAGACCGAAGCACCGACGCUCGAAGCUCUUGUGGCAGCUAAGAAGACCACUCCAAUCCAACCUGGUAGACGGUACGUGGGCCAUAAGACUGCGGUGGAGCUCAAGAGGGCGCGGAAGGACGUCGGUGGCAUAGAGGGUAGUGCAAUCCAGUGUGAGUCGAUAUCCCUAUCAAGCUUCCUAUUAAAGAUCAUACGAGCUUAUUUUCGUUAUCGUAUUUUUUUUCCUCAUCUUUUCUUGACCCCUUGCUCACCCUUUCCCCAUCGCACCAGUAUCGUCAAGGCCACAGCGGACGGUUAGGGCAGUGAGCCAGAUACCGCCGGAAAUCCUGCAAGACAAGGACCUGAAGGAAGCCAUCACCCUCCUUCCCGAAAACUACAACUUUGAGAUCCACAAGACAAUAUGGAACAUCCGGAAGCACGGCGCAACCCGUGUGGCCCUACAGAUGCCGGAGGGCCUGUUGCUGUUCGCUUGUACGAUCGCCGACAUCAUAGAGACCUUCUGUUCUGGUGUCGAAACCGUUAUCAUGGGCGACGUUACAUACGGCGCCUGCUGCAUCGAUGAUUACACUGCGAGAGCUCUGGGCUGCGACCUGCUCGUGCACUAUGCCCAUUCCUGCCUGAUCCCCGUGGACGUUACGGAGAUCAGGACGUUAUACGUGUUUGUCACGAUAGGGAUUGAUGAAAAGCAUCUCACCGACACCCUGGUGCGGAACUUUUGCUCCGGGAAACACGUAGCACUAGUGGCCACCAUCCAGUUCAACGCAGCGAUCCACGGAGCGAGGGAAUAUUUGGAGAGAGCAGGGUUCAAAGUCACCAUUCCACAGAUAGCCCCUCUAUCAAAGGGUGAGAUUUUGGGGUGCACAUCCCCGCGGAUCCCCCCUUCAGCUUCCUCAGGAAAAGAAGGAGGGGUGGACGCCUUGGUCUACGUCGGCGAUGGCAGGUUCCACCUCGAAUCCGCCAUGAUACAGAACCCCAAACUCCCGGCAUACAGAUACGAUCCCUACAGCCGCAAGUUCACCCGGGAAACCUACAACCACCAAGAACUCCACACCCUCCGCCGAGACGCCAUUUCCACCGCCAAGCGGGCAAAGAAAUUCGGACUUAUUCUAGGGACCCUCGGCCGCCAGGGCAACCCAAACACAUUAUCAAAUCUAGAGAACAGACUAAAAGAGUUGCAAAUUCCAUACGUAAUGCUACUAUUAUCCGAGAUAUUCCCUGGUAAGCUGGGGCUCUUCGGGGACGUGGACGCUUGGGUGCAGGUGGCCUGUCCAAGACUUAGCAUCGACUGGGGAUACGCAUUCCCCAAACCUUUGCUGAGUCCGUACGAGGCCACCAUCGCGCUCGGACUUCGAGAGGAGGACUGGGAUGAGGAACGGGGGUAUCGGAUGGAUUUUUACAGCAAGGAGGGACUUGGGAGGACGAAGAAGGGGGAAAACCUGCCCGGGCUGCCCUAGGGAGGUGCCUCUGGGUGGAGAGGCCGACAGAGGGCGUUGUAUCGUAAUAAUACUCGUAUCAUAACCCGGGCUUCAAUGACAAUAUUCCACCACCGUCCACCCCACUGCUCUACUGAC